AUGUCUGAGAUUGAUACCAUUGCCAAGCAGUUCCUUGACUUUUACUAUACCACCUUUGAUUCUAAUCGCCAGCUUCUUGCUCCCAUCUAUCGUGACCAUUCCAUGCUCACGUUUGAGGGCAAUCAAGUGGCUGGUACAGCUGCAAUCAUCAACAAACUUGCCAAUCUACCAUUCCAACGAGUUCAUCACAAAAUCAGCACCGUCGAUGCCCAACCAGGAAGCCCCAUGCGUCCUACUAUCAUUGUCACUGUUACCGGUCUUCUCUAUUUUGACAAUGAGAGCAAUCCCCAACUAUUUACCCAGACUUUCCAACUGGUCCCUGAGAAUGGGUCUUACUAUGUGAUCAAUGAUAUCUUCCGUAUUAACCUUGCCUAGGGUUGAUAACUAUUGUCUCUAUGAUGAUAAUAAAACAAAUAAGUAAAAAAAAAAAGAGAUUUGGCUAUGGUUUUUCCUUUUUUUUAUAUAAAUAGUUUCAUUACCUUUUUUUAAAAAUAAUAAUAAUCUUUACUUGCUUUUGUUCUCG